CUUCUCAUUUCCCCCUAUCUAUUGUACGUCCAUUUAAGCAGAUCAUACAUCCCUUUAUUCCCAACAUGGCAACCUUUCUCCUUCUUCUUUUCAUGUUCAAUUCUUUAGCCAACGCUCAGGGCAACCCACCCUCGCCUGGCUAUAACCCUAGCUCUAGGGUUGAUACCAUAGCCUUUAAUCAAGCUUAUAAGAAUUUAUGGGGCCCACAGAACCAGCGGCUCGACCAAAGUUCACUCACCAUAUGGCUCGACAAGUCUUCUGGAAGCGGUUUUAAGUCGAUAGAAUCGUAUAAAUCUGGUUACUUCGGGACUGAUGUAAAGCUUCACCCUGGUUACACUGCUGGAGUUAUCACAUCGUUUUACCUUUCGAAUAAUGAGGAUCAUCCUGGAAAUCAUGAUGAAGUUGACAUCGAGUUCUUAGGGAGAACGCCUGAUAAACCUUAUACGUUACAAACGAACGUGUACAUAAGAGGAAGUGGAGACGGGCACAUCAUAGGACGAGAAGAGCAAUUUCACCUAUGGUUCGAUCCUACUGAGGAUUUUCACCAUUAUGCGAUGCUUUGGACACCAAAAGAAAUCAUAUUUUUAGUAGAUGAUGUGCCAAUUAGAAGAUACGCGAGGAAAAGCGACACAACAUUUCCAUUAAGACCUAUGUACGUGUACGGAUCCAUAUGGGAUGCAUCUUCAUGGGCCACUGAGAACGGUAGAUACAAAGUAAAUUACGGGUACCAACCUUUUGUUGGUAGGUAUACCAACUUCAAGCUCAAAGGUUGUGCCGCAGAUUCACAGCAAUCUUGCCAGCCUCCUUCUGGUUCUCCAGCCACCACCGGAGGGCUCAGCCACCAGCAAGUGGCCGCAAUGCAGUGGGUUCAAAGGAACUACAAAGUGUAUGAUUAUUGUAGUGAUCCGAAAAGGGACCACACCCAAACUCCAGAAUGUUAAAUAGUAUUUUUUUUUUCUUAAAUGAUUUAGAUUUGAUAUGGGUAAAGUCUUGAUUGUAUGUGUUUUGUAUUUUUCUUGUCAGUGUGUUGUUUUUAUACAUAUAAAAAGGUUCUAAAGUUAAAG